AUGUCGAACUUUACUAGUCUUGAAUUCGAAGUUCUUGAUAUCACUGGAAACAACUAUUUGGCUUGGGCAUUAGAUGCCGAGUUUUCCCUCAGUGCAAAGGGACUUGAAGGUACAAUCCUAGAAGGAAAUCAAGCCCAAAAUCAAGAUAAAGCGAAGGCUAUGAUAUUCCUUCGUCAUCACCUCCAUGGAGAUCUCAAAAAUGAGUAUUUGACGGUGAAAGAUCCACAAGUCCUUUGGAACGACUUAAAGGAAAGGUAUGAUCACCAGAAAACUGUGAUUUUACCCAAAGCUCGUUAUGAAUGGGCACAUCUGAGAUUACAAGACUUUAAGUAUGUAAGUGAUUACAACUCAGCCUUGUUCAAAAUUACUUCCAAGUUGGAGUUAUGUGGGGAGAAAAUCACGGAAGCUGAUAAGUUAGAGAAGACAUUCUCUACUUUUCAUGCAAAUAAUGUUGUCCUGCAGACACAAUACAGUAAAAGGGAUUCCAGAAGUAUUCUCAACUUAUAUCUUGUCCCCUUGUGGCUGAGCAAAACAAUGAGCUUUUGA